AUGGUUUCCCUAUGGGGUUCCAAGAAGGAUGGCGAUCAUGAUUCUGCCCCAGGAAGUGUGCAUUCUCGUGCCCAUUCUCAAAAUGGAGAUUCACAUGAACAUGUAGCUUCUCAUCAAUCGCCCCCUCAACCACGUUACCCCCAUGAGGCGGACGAACGUACUCGCCUACUUCCACCCAGUCGUGAUGGUUUCUUGAGUCCCGAUGAUCCGGCUGUGUCUCCAUAUAACUUAUGGAGUGUACGAUUCCUACGAUACUUCACAGUUUUGUUUACCAUUAUCACCUUCCUUUGGUGGGUGCUACUACUGGUGUCGAUAUUCGUUUCCCCACCAGGAAUGCACUCAAGAGGCUCCGGCUUCUUCGAUUUCUCCUAUACCACCUUGACACUUGGACUGUUACUCAUUGUACUUCUGUUCUUCUCGACACCAUCCAAGGCGGCACAAGUAACAUGUCUCGUCGUUGCCGUGAUUCUACUAGUUGAUGCGAUAAUGAUUGUCGCUGUUCCACGUCUCCGUGUUGAGGAAGGAUGGGUUGGUAUUGCUAGUGUUCUUUGGGCUCUACUCAUGUCCAUAUGGACAAUUGUCACGGAUCGAGUCGUAGCAGCCGGCAAAGUUGAAGAGGAGGAGCGCUUGACUGGGCGCGCAGAGACUCGCCGUACACUAAAAGAAUGGUGUUCUGUCUUGACAUCUACAAUCAUUCUAAUAAUCCUAGGACUCGUCACUAUUCUCUUAACUGCAACAUUGAUUCUGCGAGCUCGCGACGCCUCACUUGCACCACCAGGGGAACGAUACUACGUCGAUGGUGACAAAUUCCAAAUUCAUGUCUUCUGCGAAGGUAACCUCACCGAUGCAAAGGGCAACAAGAAUCCAACAGUGCUAUUCGAAGCUGGUGAAGGACCCUUUGAACAUAGCAUGAUGCGGAUCGCAACAAAUGCUUACGCCAAUGGAAGUAUCAGCCGAUACUGUUAUUCUGAUCGACCUGGCAUUGCGUGGUCCGACAAUGCGCCAUCUCCAUUCUCAGCUGGCAUGGCAGCCGACGUGCUCUCGGAAGCUCUAGCUCGUGCAGGCGAAGAAGGCCCUUGGAUUCUUGCUAGUGCAGGAGUAGGCAGUAUCUAUAGUCGAAUAUUUGCCUCCCGACAUGGUCAAGAAGUCGCAGGUCUUUUACUCAUCGAUCCCCUCCACGAAGAUCUUCUCUAUCGUCUUGGAUCACCAAAAAGAGGGUUUUUCCUUUGGGGUCGUGGUGUUCUCUCACCGCUCGGUUUAGAUCGUACAUUUGGCGCCAUUUUCAACGGUCGCACACGUGAAGAUCGAGUAUUCGGGCGUUCAGCUUAUCAGGGUGGAAAAUACCUCAAAGCCAAACUCCAAGAAUCUCUUGUCGCUAAUUCGUUGACGAAGAACGAGAUUAGUAGCGCGAGAAACAUACAAUAUGAUACUACGCCUCUUGUGGUGAUUAGCUCCGGUAUCGAGGUCAGAAGGAAUGACGAGUGGAAGAGGAAACAAGAAGAUCUUACUCAUUUGACGAACAGUCUGAUAAGUUGGGAUGUGGUCAACAAGGCUCCUUCGGAGGUAUGGAGGACGCUCGAGGGACGAAACAUUAUUGAGAAGAGGCUGAAAAAAUUGGUCAAAGAAGCUGAAGACUUUGAAUUAAUGGAAGGCAUAUACUGA